AUGGAAGUUAAGAUCAUAGAGACCAUCACAAUCCGCCCUUCCCAACACCCUUUCUCACAAGACCAUUCCCUCCCUCUCUCCCGCCUCGACACCGAUCCCAAUCUCGACGUCACCAUUCGGUACGUUCGGGUUUACGCCAACAACACCACCACCACCACCAAGCCAACCACCGCCAGUACUCGCCCGUUUGACGUCAUCGCCGAUGCUCUCUCCCGAGCUCUUGUCCACUAUUACCCACUCGCCGCCGGCCUCCGCUCCAGCAAUGGCCGGCUCGAGGUAUUCUGCUCGCGGGACCAACUAGCCCUGCCUUUAACCAACGCCACGGUCAGUGCGACGCUGGCUUCGGUCAACUACCUGGAUGAACCGGGUUCAGAGUUCACGGACCGGUUGGCACCCAACCCGAGCCCGGACGAGAGGCUGGUCCAUCCGUUUAUGCUUCAGGUCACGACAUUUGAGUGCGACGGGUUCGCCCUGGGAGCCGCAGUGAACCACGCAUUGUGUGACGGGAUGGGUGCCACCAUGUUUUUCAAUGCUGCCGCCGAGCUGGCUCGUGGGGCGGACAAGAUCUCGGUUGAGCCGGUCUGGGAUCGGGAGGGUGUUUUCCGACCGCGUGACCCGCCCCGGGUUGAAGAAUGGGUUGGUGAGGUUUUGGGCCGGAAGGAAGGAAUGGUCGGACCGGACGGGGAUGGAGAUGGGGUGGUUGGUGGGAAGGUGGUUAGGAGUUACUGUUUUGAUGUGAGAGACGAGUGGGUGGAGGGAUUCAAGAAUGCUUUGGUUCAGAAGUGUGGCUCCAAGUUCACCACGUUUGAGGCCUUAGGAGCAUUCAUAUGGCGGGCCAAGGUGAAGGCCUCGGGAAUCUCUGCCCACGAGUUUGUAAACUUCGUCUAUGCCAUCAACGUUCGCAAAUUGGUGCAGCCACCGUUGCCGACGGGCUACUGGGGAAACGGCUGCGUUCCGAUGUGCGUCCAACUGCAAGCGAAGGACCUCCUUGAGCAGCCCAUCUGGCGGACGGCGGAGCUGAUUAAGCAGAGCAAACGACACGUGGCCGCCCCGGACGGGUACGUGAGUUCCUUCAUCGACUUCAUCGAGCUACACGGCGGAGAAAUUGUGACGGCGGCGAGCAGCUGCAGGGUGACCAGUGGGUUCACGGAUUGGAGACACUUGGGCCAGAUGGGCGUAGAUUUCGGGUGGGGCAACCCGGUCACCGUUUUGCCGCUUUCGACGAGGAGGUUAUUGGGGAGCGACGAGCCUUGCUUUUUCUUGCCGCAUUCUUCUGUCGGUGAAGGCAAGGGAGAUGGUGGGUUUAAGGUGCUGGUGUUGCUAAGUGAGGCGGCCAUGCCAGGGUUCAAGAUCGAGAUUGAUAAAUUUUGCAGCCAGGAAUUUGGGCAACUUUAA